CGGCGGCUAGGGGGCGGUGCCUCCCGUCGGUACAGUCAUCUCUCAGCUUGUUCGGCGGGACUGAUGGCCGGAGAGAUGACGAUCUUAGGUUCAGCUGUUUUGACUCUCCUGCUGGCUGGCUACUUGGCACAACAGUAUUUACCACUGCCUACUCCAAAAGUGAUUGGCAUUGACCUGGGUACCACCUAUUGUUCCGUUGGAGUGUUCUUUCCUGGGACAGGAAAAGUAAAGGUGAUUCCAGAUGAAAAUGGGCAUAUCAGCAUACCCAGCAUGGUGUCCUUUACAGAUGGCGAUGUAUAUGUGGGCUACGAAAGCCUGGAGCUGGCAGAUUCAAAUCCUCAAAACACAAUAUAUGACGCUAAAAGGUUCAUAGGUAAGAUUUUCACCCCGGAAGAACUGGAGGCGGAAAUUGGCAGAUAUCCAUUUAAGGUGUUACACAAAGACGGAAUGGCUGAGUUUUCUGUAACAAGUAACGAAACCAUCAUUGUUACUCCGGAGUAUGUUGGCUCUCGAUUGUUGCUAAAACUGAAGGAAAUGGCAGAGGAAUACCUCGGGAUGCCAGUUGUCAAUGCUGUCAUUUCUGUACCAGCAGAGUUUGACCUAAAACAGAGGAAUUCAACAGUUCAAGCUGCCAACCUUGCCGGACUGAAGAUCUUGAGAGUGAUAAACGAACCAACAGCAGCAGCUAUGGCCUAUGGUCUCCACAGGGUUGAUGUCUUCUAUGUGCUGGUCAUAGACGUGGGCGGAGGGACUCUUGAUGUGUCAUUACUGAAUAAACAAGGAGGGACGUUUCUAACACGAGCAAUGUCUGGAAACAACAAACUUGGAGGACAAGACUUCAAUCAGAGGCUUCUUCAGUACUUAUAUAAUCAGAUUUAUGAAACCUAUGGCUUUCUCCCUUCCAGGAAAGAGGAAAUCCAUAGAUUAAGACAAGCUGUGGAAAUGGUCAAAUUAAAUUUGACGAUUCAUCCGUCUGCCCAGGUGUCAGUUUUACUCACUGUCGAGGAAAAGGACAGGCAGACACCUCAGAAAGAUGACUCUAAUCUGCCCAAAGACCAGCUUAGCCCAGGGGAUGGUCACCAUGCGCACAGGGUGUUUAGACCUGGCCCUUCUGACAACAAGAGUGGGGAACGGCAGGUGUUAUUUGAGACAGAAGUAUCACGCAAACUCUUUGAUUCCCUCAAUGAAGAUCUCUUUCAGAAAAUACUCGUGCCCAUCCAGCAAGUAUUAAAAGAAGGCCACCUAGACAAGACGGAAAUUGAUGAGGUGGUUCUAGUUGGGGGCUCUACUCGGAUUCCUCGGAUCCGCCAAGUCAUUCAAGAGUUCUUCGGGAAGGAUCCCAACACGUCUGUAGACCCUGACCUGGCAGUGGUGACAGGAGUGGCCAUCCAGGCGGGGAUUGAUGGAGGCUCUUGGCCUCUCCAAGUCAGUGCUUUAGAAAUUCCCAAUAAGCAUUUACAGAAAACCAAUUUCAACUGACCUCUGAGGGAGAGCUGCUAACUGUUGACCUUGUCUAGUGAUGUUGAUCCUCUCCAUUGUGAAGCUUCCUCCAGAAGUACAUGAAAUAGCUCACAGAUGAGCCUGAGGACAUUUAGGCAGCAAACUUUUGCAUAAUGUUUCAUUUAAGAAUUGAAUAUGACCAGAUGAGUCCUGUGUGUGUUUUGAGAACUCUCAUAGUAUUUCUAAAGUCACAGAGUUGAGGUUCGAUGCUUGUCUGGAUUCUGGAAGUAGGCUACCAUUCACAUUUACUAUUCUGGAAGCAGUAAGUAGUGCCAACAAUAAGCCCCCCACUUUUUACUAAAUUUUAUUGGUAGGGGCUGAUAAUUCCUUACUUGGUUAUCACAUGUAACUUAAUUUGAUCUAUACUUGAAGGACUGUUAAUGUCAGGUAUUUACAUUGGCUGGGAGAUAACGGUAUUAUUAAACUGCAUAGAUAGUAUUUAUCAACUGCCGUAUAAAUUGUAUUUCAAAAAUUCACUUCUAAUGUGUUAUAUUCUCCUAAUCUACAGAUAUUAAUGUGUUUAAUAGAUCGACCAAUUUUUCUUCCUAAAAUAGCUACAGAUUUACUCAGAUCUUUCCUGCCAGAUAGUCGAAAUUUCCGGUUUAUAAUUUAGUUCCUUUAUCUUCAAUGUGUCAUUCUCUGGUUGUAUUUUCCCAAGUCUGCUGGUAAGAAAGCAGUAGGGAGUUACCAGUUGCCUUUUCAACGUGUUAUUGCCACAAUAAAGCUGCAUUGCUCACUCA